ACCCUUUUAUAUUUAUCACUGUUUUAAUCUAUUUUCAGUUUUAAUAUUCGUCUCUCUCGAUACAUAUAAAUUUCUUAUAGUAAUUAUCAUGACGGCACUUGCAUUAUUACAUAUUAUAUUCUCUCGUUUCUAUUGUCAUUAUCUGGACUAACUUUACAGAACAUUCUUCCUAUUAUCCACUUUAUUCGCGGGAUUUGUUUUAUUACACUGACUGGAACUGUACACCUUAUAACAAAUUUUCCUAUAUGGUUCUUCAGUAACCUUUAGAAUUUACAAAAUACAACUGUGAACGUAUUUUACCCGUAAAAUCUACAAAAGUCCACCAUUUUAACAUAUCACAUUGUUUAAUAUACUUACUUAUGUAUCCCACUGUAAUAAAAUAAUUAUGGAUUUAUAACUUAAGAUUCUGAUGAUGAGGCGAUUAGAAACAAUGGUUCACCCAAAUAUUCCUUAUUUUUGAAUAUUUUAUAGAGAUCGUCAAACCGUUAAAAAACUCUUGUAACAUAUAAUCAAUUUAUAUUUGCAUGGUUCAUCAAUCCAGAGAUUUGUGUGGACCAAUGUUAGACCACCAUUGAAAACCUGGAAACACCAGAUGACCGUUUCGUUCUAGUAUGCGACGCCUCAGCAACGCACAUCCACAAUCCUGCACGUGGGGCUCGAACCCAUGACCCUUGGUUUCGUGUGCGAAUGCUUAACCUGUAGAACAUGUUGUAACUUUAAGCCCGGUUAAUUAUCAGGCGAUUUAUUUGCCAAUCGUAACGCGGCUUAUGCAAUCAUACUACUGAGCCAAACUAAUGACGUUCGACCAGUAUGAGCAGCCUAGCGUCCUUACACAUAAUAUUCGUUCAUUAAUAGUUCACAGAAGUUACCAGCAAUUUAAUAUUCACUAGGUUAUAGCAUAACAGUGAUACGGCAUCCAACGGUGUUAAUGUCUAAUUCCAACCAAUCCAGGAUACUGAGCGAUUGGUCAUCAUUGUCUUUAGUGUGUAACUCAAUUCAUUAAUUCGAUUCAUCUUUAUCAAGUAACAGUAAAUAGGAAUUGAGAUGUUAAACUGAAAUUACAUAUAUUCAACGUGUGAUAUUUUAUAUAAGCCGGUUAAAUCAAAUAAAUUCUUAAAGCAUCAUUAACAUUAUUUUACGGAUGUUUUAUAAACUUGUGUUUAUAUGCAUUACAUUUUGUCUAUUAGAAGUAAGAAACCUCAAAUGUUGAUAAAGGGUACUUAUGAUCUUGAUCAAUUAUAGACAUGCUAUGAAAGGUUAGACUCAUAGAAUGUAUAUUUUAUAAUGUUUUUAUUCUAUCGACUAAAAAUCUUUCGUUAUGCUUAACCAUUUUUGUGUUCGUCCAAGUUUUUCGAUUAUUAACAUUUUACAUUUCUUUUAUACACUAACAGAUGCCUGGAAUUGUAAUGGACAGAAAUACUGGAUCUACCAUUGGUACCACACCACAUGGCCGAUGGAUUGAUCAACAGCAAUAUCUUGUUGAAACAUAUCGUCAGAUUCGUACAAAUUUAGGUCAGUUAGAAGCUGAAAUAGAAGCUGCACGAUUAAGAGUCACUGAUUGGACACGAUUAAGACGACAUCCUAGUCGUAGUCGUAGUUUGAGUCAUGCUAGUGUUUCAACUACUGCAAGUAGUUUAUUAAGUUGUAGUACAUUUGAAAGUGGUGCAACCGAUGCUUCAUUUUUAAAUGUUACAACAGAUGGUACUACUGGUUCAUCAUGUCAUUCAUCAUGUUCAUCAACAUGUGGUAUUCAACUACCUUCAGAAAUGGCAGCUAAAUUAAGUGCAGCAACAUUAAUUUCAGCAUUUUUAGCUGCAAGUCAUGAUUUCACUCAAGAUAAAACUCAAGAUUCAACUAUUUCAGAUGAUUUAGAACAACCUAUUAGAGCUCGUACACCAGAUCAAUGUUCAUCGUCUAAUAGAUCACGUUCCAACAGAUCAAUCUCACCUUCAUCACGAUGA